AUGGGGCCUCGGCUGCGCAGGGCCCCAUAUUUUGGCAAAUUCGGAACCCUCGCCACUGGCAAGGAGCCCCUCCCUUGGAACACGGACUGCGGGUCCAGGAGCCGCGGAGCAAGAGAAGAGGAGGAGAGGGAGGAGGAGGAGGAGGAGGAGGAGGAGGAGAAGACGACGACGACGACGGCGUCGGCACGUGGGAAUGUCACCAAAGAAGAACUCGCUGCUUCGUUCGCGGUGGGCGCCGGCCUGCAACAGGCGCUCCUCCGCCAUGGAGAAUGGGACAACUAUAGCUUCAAGCUCAUCGUGGGAGCCGCCACGGUCGAGACGCUCCUGAGCCUCUUUGUCCAUGUUUGCUUUUCCGAGCCCCCGGUCGAUGCCUUCCACCAUGCGCUUUGUUGGACCGUCGCGGCCAUCGCCGGAAUAUACGCCAGCAUGAUCCUGUACCGGGCCUUCUUCCACCGGCUGCGUGGCUUCCCGGGGCCCUUCCCGGCCCGCCUGUCUACUUUCUACAUGACCUGGCUGAGCGGGAGGCGUGGGCAGGUCUAUGAGGACGUCAGGGCUCUCCACACCAAGUACGGCGACUACGUCCGGGUUGGGCCCACAGAGGUCUCCAUCGCGGACCCGGCUGCCUUUGCCGCCAUCCACUCGGCCACAUCGCAAUGCGAGAGGGGCCCGUGGUACGAGAUUUUGAACCCGACCGUCUCGUUACAGAUGGUGCGCGACCGCAAGGAACAUGCUCGCCGUCGAAAGGCCUGGGACAGGGCUUUUACUUUGAAAGAUUAUGAGGGCCGUGUGGCCGGGUACACGGACGAGCUCCUUGAGAACCUGGACACAAAAGCAAAGGGGAAGCCCUUUAAUGCCUCAAAGUACUUCAACUAUUACUCCUUCGACAUUAUGGGGGAUCUCGCCUUUGGGAGAUCCUUCAACAUGAUGAGAGACGGUAUUGACCACUAUUUUUUCACGACGACGCAUCUUAAUAUGACCUUGAUUGGUCUGUUCAGCCGUGUCGUGUGGCUGUUCCCCAUAUACAAGGCCAUUCCUAUCUUGAACCGCGAAUACCACAGGUUUCAGCGUUUUGUUCGGUCUACGACAAAGAGGCGAAUAGACAAUGAGCCACACGUUCCGGAUGUAUUCCACUGGAUAUUGAAAGAAUACAACCAAACCCCAAACCCGAGCUGGCAAGAAACUGAAGACCUGGUAGGAGACGCAAGUCUCAUCGUAGUUGCCGGCAGCGACACGACGGCCGCAACACUCACCUGCUUGUUCUACAAUUUUGCGACGCACCCGGAAGCGUACGAGACCCUACAGAAGGAGGUCGACGAGUUCUUCGCGGCCGAGGUGACAGGCAGCGACUUCGACACCGGUGCCCUGGGGAGGCUCCGAUACCUCCAGGCGUGCAUUGACGAGUCCCUCCGGCUCUUCCCGCCCGUCAUGUCCGGCCUCCAGAGACAAACGCCCCCGCAGGGUGUCCAGAUCGGCGAGCGGUUCAUCCCAGGCAACACCAUUGUCCAAACCCCAACUUACACUAUGGCCUUCCCGCGCGGUGAUGAGUUCAUCCCGGAGCGUUGGACCACGCAGCCCGAGCUCGUCAGGGACGCUGCCGUCAACGUGCCCUUCUCAGUCGGCCGCUUCUCGUGCGUGGGCAAGCAGCUCGGCCUGAUGGAGGUCCGCCGGGUGACAACCCUGAUCGCGCACAAGUACGACGUCGCGAUGGCGCCGGGACAGACCAAGGAGGCGUUCCUGGGCGGCCUGCGGGACAACUUCACGCUUGCCACGCCUGCACUGGACUUGGUCUUCUCGCCAAGGGUUUAG